UACAGGCGCCGCAGCGCUCGCUUCCCCUUCCCUCCUCUACGGCCCUCCCUCCUCCCGCCCACUCGCUCCCUCCCCCAGCGCGCUCCAGGCCCCCGAGCUCCCGGGAGCUCAGCGACAGCCUUCUAGGAUUAUGGAGUUUCUGAGCGAGAAGUUUGCCCUCAAGAGCCCACCGAGUAAAAACAGUGAUUUUUACAUGGGCGCAGGAGGCGCGUUGGAGCACGUUAUGGAGACGCUGGACAAUGAGUCCUUUUACAGCAAAGCGUCGGCGGGCAAAUGCGUGCAGGCCUUCGGGCCCCUGCCCCGCGCCGAGCAUCACGUGCGCCUGGAGAGGACCUCGCCCUGUCAGGACAGCAGCGUGAACUAUGGGAUCACUAAAGUAGAAGGACAGCCUCUUCACACCGAACUAAAUAGAGCUAUGGACAACUGUAACAGUCUCCGGCUGUCCCCCGUGAAAGGGAUUCCAGAGAAGGGAGAACUGGAUGAACUUGGGGAUAAAUGUGACAGCAACGUAUCCAGCAGUAAGAAGCGGAGACACCGAACCACCUUUACCAGCCUGCAGCUGGAGGAGCUGGAAAAGGUCUUUCAAAAAACCCAUUACCCGGAUGUGUAUGUCAGAGAACAGCUUGCUCUGAGGACAGAGCUGACUGAGGCCAGGGUCCAGGUUUGGUUUCAAAAUCGAAGGGCCAAGUGGAGAAAAAGAGAACGUUAUGGCCAGAUCCAGCAAGCUAAGAGCCAUUUUGCUGCCACCUAUGACAUAUCGGUUUUGCCAAGAACUGACAGCUACCCACAGAUUCAGAACAAUUUGUGGGCAGGAAAUGCAACUGGUGGUUCUGUGGUUACUUCAUGCAUGUUACCACGUGACACUUCCUCGUGUAUGACACCUUAUUCUCACUCGCCUCGGACAGAUUCCAGUUACACAGGGUUUUCAAACCACCAGAACCAGUUCAGCCACGUGCCCCUCAACAAUUUUUUCACUGACUCUCUUCUUACCGGGGCUACCAACGGACAUGCAUUUGAAACAAAGCCAGAGUUUGAAAGGAGGUCCUCCAGUAUCGCUGUUCUUCGAAUGAAAGCCAAGGAGCACACUGCGAAUAUUUCAUGGGCCAUGUAACAUACAGUACUCUUUUUCUUUUUCUCUUAAUGGCAAAGUAAAACAUUCUUAUUUCUCCUAUUUAAUGGAUACCACAAUAAGCUGCUGUGUGUGGAAUUGCUAAAGGUCAAGAUAUACAGUGAGACCAGCUUAAAUGAAUAGUUGUUAUUAUUUAACAUUAAAAUCUAAGAAUGAACCUCUGAAAAGACUAAAUAGGUUUACCAUGCACCCAUCUCCACAAACUCUGUUUUAGUAGUAAGAUUUUUCUUUCUAUUGUAUGAGUCAAUGAAAUAUGAUCAUGCAACUUCUUAAAAGAAUAAAUGUAUUAAACAAA